UAACCUUUUUCUGAUUGCGAUUCUAUCAUCGGCCUCAAGAAUCUUUCUUUAUACCCUAUUCUUCCCCUUCCGCCGCUUUGACUUGAGACGGGAGAGAUUAGAGAGGAGGAACGAGAUGGAAGUGAAGGAGCUAUGGGCGACGCUCGAGCACGCGAUCAAGUCUUACACGGGGCUUUCUGCGGCGACCUUCUUCACGUUCGUGGCGGUCGCCGUUGCGUUCUAUUACGUGGUGUCCGCCUACUUCGAGCCGGCGCCGGUGGCGAGAAAGCGGGAGGUGGAGGCUGAGCCGGUGGAACCGCUUCCACCGCCGGUUCAGCUCGGCGAGAUCACUGAGGAGGAACUUAUCGCUUACGACGGUUCCGAUCCCAAAAAACCCCUUCUCAUGGCGAUCAAAGGCCAGAUCUACGACGUGACACAGAGCAGGUUUGUAUUCUUCAGCCUCUUUUUUUGUUUGAGGUUGAAUUCGGUGGACCGAUCAUGCUUUUGGUUUUUAUGUUGGGAAUAUACGCUUCGUGUUGGCUUUAUGAGUUGGAUUGAGGAUAUUUGCUUCAUCGGUUCUGGAGCUUUGUGAAAAUUACUAAUUAAUUUUAUUAACCAUCUUUUCCUUGUGAAAUAUUUAUAGUGUGUUGCUUUUCUUGGCACUUUCGUAGGAUUUCGCAAAAUUUCGAAUCCAACACUUUUUUAGCUGAAGGAGGGUAUAUUCAUCUGCGUUCCUUUUGAUUUUUGUCAUAUAUAUUUUGUUUUUGUGAAUUCCGAAGAAAUCCUUCUAAUUUCCCUUCUGUCUGAUGCAUCUUUAGGUUAUGAAGUUUUAAUUUCGUUAAUCUGGUGUAUUCUGCAUGUUAUCUUUAGUCCCAGGAAAUGCUUUCCUAGUAUCAGUUUAUUGAUAACGUGCUGGAUAUUAUUCUGCGUGUAAAUGAUUGGGUUCACGACUCAACGUAAAUUAAUGCACCGUGAUUCAAUUUUCUUUUGA